ACCAACCAACAACACACGGGUCCAAAGUCCAACCUUGAGUCUGACUAACUCAUCCAACAAGAACAACAAUGCUAGUAUAGAAACCUCCAAAAUCAAUUCCCCGUUAUAUAAUAUCAAAAACCCACCAAGAAAACAUCCCAAAGUUUCAAUCUUUAUUAUAGAAAAGGGAAAAAAAGUCCAAUGAAAUAUAAUUCAGUCCCACUAUUCAAGAAAAGUAGUGUGUGAAGCUAAUGAAAGAUUUUCCAAUGGAUGAUCCUCUGAUAACAACUCUUUCCAACUCGGUGCAAGCUCUUGGUAGAGGUUUUGAUGUAACAUCUGAUAUUAGGCUUCUUUACUGCAAGGGAGUUCCAGGGUCGAGAUUAGUUCAUAUUGAUGAAGAACAUACUGAAGAUCUUUUGGUGUCUGAUGGAGUUACGGUCCCUAAUGUUUCUGUUGAUAUUGAAUGCUCUAGAGGGAAGAGAACCACUGAAACCACCCCUGUUUUGAGCUUCCAUGAGAUGGCAAAAUACUUCAAUGAUAAGGCAAAGAUCUCCGGAUCUGUUCCACUCGGAAGCUUUAAUGCCAUGUUCAAUUUUACUGGAUCUUGGCAACUUGAUGCAGCAGCUACAAAAUCCCUAGCUAUGACAGGAUAUAUCCUGCCUUUAUCUAUUGUCAGAUUAACGAAAGUUAAUCUUGUUUUGAGGGAUGAAAUCAAGCGUGCUGUUCCAUACUCUUGGGAUCCAGCAGCCUUAGCAAGCUUUAUUGAGAAUUAUGGCACCCACAUUGUCACCUCUGCAACAAUUGGUGGAAGAGAUGUUGUUUAUAUCAGACAGCACCAGUCAUCUCCUUUAUCAUCAUUGGACAUUGAAAACUAUGUUAAAGAUAUUGGAGAGCAGAGAUUUUCUGAUUCCAAAAGCCUCCCAAGUGCAGGCCCCUUGAAAUAUAAGGACAAGGAUGUUACAGUUAUCUUUAGAAGAAGGGGAGGGGAUGAUCUUGAGCAGAGUCAUGCCAAGUGGGUGAAAACUGUAGAAACAGCACCAGAUGUGAUCAAUAUGACAUUUACUCCCAUUGUUUCUUUGCUUGAAGGGGUACCUGGAAUAAAGCACUUGAGUCGGGCCAUCGAGUUAUACUUAGAGUAUAAACCACCUAUAGAGGAUUUGCAGUAUUUCUUAGAUUUCCAGAUUGCACGAGUUUGGGCUCCAGAGCAGAAGAACCUUCAGAGAAAAGAACCUGUUUGUUCAUCUCUGCAGUUCAGUUUGAUGGGCCCCAAGCUUUAUAUUAGUCCAGAUCAGGUGACAGUUGGACGUAAACCUGUUACUGGACUUCGGCUCAGCCUGGAAGGCAAUAAGCAAAAUCGUCUUGCAAUCCUUUUGCAACACCUAGUUUCUCUACCUAAAAUCCUGCAGCCACAUUGGGAUGCACACAUGGCUAUUGGUGCACCCAAAUGGCAAGGUCCUGAGGAGCAGGACAGUCGAUGGUUUGAGCCAAUCAAGUGGAAGAAUUUCUCUCAUGUAAGUACUGCACCUAUAGAGCAUACAGAGACGUCUAUAGGGGAUCUUUCUGGUGUUCAUAUUGUCACUGGGGCUCAGCUAGGUGUCUGGGACUUUGGUGCUAAAAGUGUGUUGCACCUUAAGCUUCUGUUUUCAAAAGUACCAGGAUGUACUAUAAGGAGAUCUGUAUGGGACCACAGUCCCGCUAACUUGUCUGCCUCACAAAGGCCUGAUGGCUCUUCCACAUCAGUUUUAAAUCAGAAAACUGCUGAUGAGAAAAAGGGUGAUGGCUCAAGCCAAAGCGGGAAAUUGGGAAAGAUAGUUGAUAUGACGGAAAUGUCAAAGGGGCCGCAGGAUAUGCCAGGACACUGGUUGGUCACAGGUGCUAAAUUUGGUGUGGACAAGGGAAAAAUCAUGUUACGUGCGAAGUACUCCUUGCUAAACUACUGAUGGAUGAUGCUGCUUGUAGUUUACUUGUUACCCUUAUCCCAUUUGCCAUCUGUUCUCUUCAUUAGAAAAGCAAAAUUGAAGUAUUCUUUGUACUGUUGACUACCAUGUUAUUCUUCUGUACAUUAUUGUUCAUUAUAGCUAUUCAUUUUGUAGUUGAGCUGCAGUUUCUUGGUUGUUUUGGUUUGUAUAUUAGGAAAAUUUUUCAGGACACCUGUUGAAUAAAAAUUAGUGGCUGUAGUUACUUUGUGAAAUGCAUUUAUUACCAAAUUCCUCUUUUGUUUC